GAGAGGAGGAAGCCGCGGGGCCGCGCUCUGCCGCCCGCCGGGAGCCGUGGGCCCGGCUCUGCCCGGGAUGCGGAGGUACCGGUGAGGCGGGUUCUGCUCCAGGACAGCCCGGGCAGGGCAGCGCCGCCGUCAGCAUCCUCCGGGAGGCGAAAGGUGGAGCCCGGCCCGUUCCCGCAGAGCGCCCGCUCCUGCUUCCCCGGGGCCGGCGCCGUCCUGGCGCGGUGCCGCCGCUUGCCCCGGGGCUCCGGGGCCCGCAGCCGCCGCUCGCCGCCCGGGGCAGCCAUGCCCUCCCCUAGCGAGUCCAGCCGCUCCUUGACCGGCCGCACGUCCCGCAGCCUCACCCACCUCCGCGUCCAGCGGACCUGGCUGCAGAUCCUGCUGGUGCUCGGCUUCAUCCAAGUCAUCCUGGGCGUCCUCAUCGUCACCUUCAGCCUGGUGGCCGCCACCAUCACACCCUCCGCCAGGAUCCGGCACUCCUGCCCCUCCUGGGCCGGCUUCUCGCUGGCGCUGUCCGGCCUUGUCGGCAUCAUCUCCUGGAAGCGGCCCCUCACACUGGUGAUCACCUUCUUCACGCUGCUCUCGGUGCUGGGUAUCAUGCUGAGCCUCGCCGGGUCCAUCCUGUCCUGCCAGAACGCGCAGCUGGUGAAGUCCCUGCAGGCCUGUGAGAGGGAGAGGGACUCGUGUGUCUGCUGCCAGGCCCGCCCGGAGCCCCCCCCCGCCUCCUGCAGCCGGCAGAGCGAGAUGCUCACCAUGUUCCCCAACCCCGACUGCCGCAGCAUCCGUGCGGCGCUCAAGGACCUCCUCUUCAGUGUCUGCGGCUUGACCGUCUUCUCGACCGUCGUCUGCACGCUCUCUGCUGUUGUGUGCUGCAUCCAAAUCUUCUCCCUCGAUAUCGUCCAUGCGCUGGUGCCGCAGCGCUCGAGCUCCGUGACGCUGGAAUGCACGUCCCCCCCCGACACCUUUCUGCAGAGCAUGAUGGACUUCGAGGAGUUCGUGCCCCCGGUGCCACCACCCCCCUACUACCCCCCCGAGUACACGUGCAGCUCGGAGACUGAUGCGCAGAGCAUCACCUACAACGGCUCCAUGGACAGCCCCAUGCCCCUCUACCCGACUGACUUCCCCCCUUCCUAUGAGACUGUGAUGGGGCUGCGGGGGGACAGCCAGGCCACCCUCUUUGACUUGCCCCUGACGGACGGCUCACACACCUGCGCCUGCGACCGCGUCCCCUCCAUCGUGCUCAGCGGAGAAGUGUCCAUGGACAGCGGGUCCCUCAUCAUGUCCGAGAUCAUGGACAUCCCGGGGGACAGCAGCCCCUCGGAGGACUCGUGCCUGCUGGAGCUGCAGGGCUCCAUGCGCUCCGUCGACUUCGUGCUGUUCCGCUCCAUCCAGCGCAGCCGCGCGGGUUACUGCCUGAGCGUGGACUGCGUGCAGUGCAGCCACCACCCGCGCAGCCCCAUGCUGGGCCUGCAGGGGCCCUUCGAGGAGGUGCCGCAGCCGCGGGUGCGGGGGGAGCGCUCCUACUCCUGCUCCACGGCGGCGGACCCGGGCCACGACGGCGUCCUGGCGGGGGGAGCCGUCACCCACAGCUGCAACCGCCUGGAGGGGCUGUCCCGCUGCGCCGGGCCCUGCUUCCCCGAGGUGCGGCUCAAGGGCAAGGGGGAGCUGCGGGGGCGCUGCCGCCCCUCGGGGCUCGGCCCCGGCCGCCUCGGGCAGCUCCGGCGCAACAGCGAAACCUCCUGCCCCGCGUCCCCGGGCCCCGCGCAGAGCCAGCGCCCGCUCGUGAGGGCGCACAGCGACCCCGGCGUCCCCGCGGCCGGACGCGCUGAUUUCAGGGAAGUACUUUAUACCAAAGCACUGGAGGACACCACGUCCAGCUCCUCGGCGGAUACAGGUCCCGUUGGGAGCAGCCGUCCCGGGUGCGAUGGUGCUGUCCCCACAGGGCUGUGCUCCGAGGCCUGCCUGUGCCGCCGCUCUCACUGUGACUCCCCGCCGCUGCUCCGGGCUGGCUCAGCAGGGAAGAGCAAGGCGCUGCCCUCCAAGGUGACGGAGCAGCUCUCCAAGAGCACGACCCGAUCCCUGGGGGACCUCAAGGUCUGCAGGGGCACCCGCGGGCUCGUGGCCAGGUUCCUGCAGAGACCUAAGCGCAGCGUGGAGGUGCCCGGGCACAGCUCCCAGGGGCACAAACAGGUUCCCUGGAGCGCCUGGUCCGGAGCAGAGCGGCCCCACGACGGCAUCCACCUGCGGAGCUGCGGGGACCUGAGCUCCACCUCGUCCCUGCGCCGCCUCCUGUCCGCCCGCCGGUUGGAGCGGGGCCGCCCGCGGAGCCUCAGCGGGACCUGCAAGGACAGCGAGAGCAUCCUCUGAGCGCGGCCCCCCCUCCCCGCUGCCCCAAAGGGGGGCCCCGCUCCGCGCCAGGGCCCUCGGACGUGGCUGCCGCCCCGGGGGGGGCCGGGUCCUGCGCCGCUGCCCCUUCCCCAGGGUUAGGGGCUGGUCCCCUGCGGCGUCUGCCCCGGGGCCGCCGUGCCCCCAGCCCUGUGCCCUGCGCCAGCCGUGCCUGCGCCCUUCC